AUGAAAGCGCGAAGCGUUCUUUUCUCUGGUGCUUCGUUUUUCGAGUCGUCGGCGUCGUUUACUAAAAUUCUGACCGCUCGUCUCUCUCGCUUUAUUUGCAAUGAUGUAACAACAACAACACAGGAACUGCGCGACGCGUUAGAGGCGAAAGGAUUGGAUUCGAGCGGUCUGAAAGCGGUUCUGUUGUCUCGAUUGGAAGAAUCGCUCGAAGGAGGCGAAGGAGGAGGAGAAGAAGAAAAAGAAGAAGAAGAAGCGGAGGAGGAACCUUUGUCAGCAGUUGAGAUAGAGGAAGAAGAGAAAGAGCCGACGCAGGAGCCAGAGAGCGAGGCUCCGGCGGCUCCGGCGGCUCCGGCGGCUCCGGCGGCGACCGCGGUUGCCGCCGCCGCGCCGGCGAAGACGAACGAAAGGAAGAAACCAAACGCUUCCGCCGCAGAAGAAGGCGAACUGACGAAGGAGCAAAAAGAGGAGAUGAAAAAGAAAAAGCGAGAGGAAUUUAAAGCGAAACAGAAGGCAGAGUACGAAGCUCGAGAGGCGAAGAGGCGAGAGAAGAAAGCGGAGGAGAAUAAACAGUUCGUUUCAACGCUCGAGGAAAGAAAGCAAAGAGCGGCAAAGUUCGACGGCCCUUUCAUUCUCUCCGACGCCGAGAAAAAACGCGUGCGAGAAUGCGGCGCGGCCGCGCAGUUUGGCCUUUCGGAAAUUGAAGAGAACGCAACGGGAGAGAAUGCUAAUGCUCAAAAGAAAGAACUCGUCUCCGCGGAGGAGAAGAAACAAAUCGAAGCCGAACGAGAAGCGAAGAAACGAGCGAGGAUGGAACGGUUCGGCGCCGAAGCGUUGAAGCCUUUGCAUCCGCCCAAAAUGCAACAACACGGGAACACGACUAAUAAGAAAGCGAAACUCGGAGGAGGACAAGGAAAAGGAGGUCAGGAUCGAAAUUUGACCAGUUACACCAUUUAA